CGACAGGUGUACAAUAUGGCGGCGCCCACGAGUCCAGGAGUGAUCUAAUAACCAGGGGCCAGUGAGAAGGAUGUGGUGCGCGGUGCUCAGGUCGGUCCGAGCCGUCCGUGUGGUGGCUGAGAGCAAAGGGGCAGGAACUGUCAUACUCCUAAGGAAGAGAGGGCAUCAAAGGGUUAAUAGAUUAGCCGCAUGUCUAUAUGGAAAAGACUCUGCUAUUGGAACCCUGUUGGGGGUGAACAAGCAUGAGUCCACCAGUGAACUUCUCAGCCCACAGGCCCCAGCUAUCUCCUUCAAUAAAGAUGACCAAGACCGUUUAAUAAAGCAUGCUCCUGACCAGCCAGAGAACCCAAAAGUCCUAAAACUUGCUAUUAUAGGAGCUCCCAAUGCAGGGAAAUCAACUUUAUCCAAUCAGCUUCUGGGCAGAAAGGUUUUUCCUGUAUCCAGUAAAGUGCACACCACACGCUGCAAAGCACAAGGUAUUCUCACAGAAGGAGACACCCAGAUGAUCCUCCUGGAUACUCCUGGUAUGGUCAAUUCUAUAAGAGCUGGAAGGCAUAAACUGGAGAAAACGUUUCAGGAGGAUCCCUGGCAGUCAGUGAAGUUGGCUGAUGUAGUGUUGGUUUUAGUGGAUGUGUCAGAUAAGUGGAUGCGGAGAUCUUUGCACUCCGAGGUGCACAAGUGUCUAGCCAAGAACUCCCACAUCCCCAGCAUUCUUGUGCUGAACAAGGUUGAUUUAUUAAAGCAAAAAAGUACUUUGCUGGAAGUCACGGGUAAACUGACUGAAGGGAUGGUGAAUGGGAGAAAAGCUGUGAUCAAAUCUAGUAAAAAGACAUCAGAGAGAAGUGUUCAACCAGAUGAAGAGAGCGCCUCCGUACUGAAAAAAGAGACCAGAGAGCAGCCCGAGGGGCAUAGAGAGCUCUCAGGGGUUAAUCCUAAGGAUGGAGGUCAUCAGGAGAGGACAGACAAAGACCUAAAGGACAGGACCGGGUGGCCUCAUUUUCAGGAGGUGUUCAUGCUUUCAGCCUUAGAAGGAGAUGAAGUGGAGACGCUGAAGAAAUAUCUGCUGACUCUUGCCAAGCCUGGAGAAUGGGAAUAUCACAGCGAGGUUGUGACCACUCAGGCACCACAGGAAAUUUGCAAUAAUAUCAUCAGAGAGAAACUUCUUGAAUACUUGCCCCAGGAAAUUCCUUACAAUAUUACACAGGUCAAUGAAUUUUGGGAGGAAGGUUCUGGCGGCGAACUGGUUAUUAAGCAGACUUUGCUAGUGCCUAAGGAAAACCAUGUGAAACUUAUCAUUGGCCCUAGCGGGGAGCUGAUCAGCAGGAUUGCAAAGGAAGCCGGGUGCGAUCUAAUGAAUGCUUUCCUGUGUGAUGUCCGGCUGCAGCUCGCAGUGAAGUAUAGGAAGAGAUAGCAGCCAGAUGUCUCAUUUAAAAGCAUAAACUGGUUGCUGCCGUUUUGGAUUGGACUGCCAAAUGUUUUUAGCAAUGUUCAGAAGAAAAUAUACCGUAACCCAUGGUUCAUAAUGAUUGAUUUAAUAUUCUUUAAGUGGACAUUCUGAGUAGAUGACCAAAUAACUUUGCACAAAUCUACAUGUGCAUCAUUUCCUGGAGCAUUUGGAAUGAAAUCUCAAUGACGUUGUCCUAGGAAAAAGUGGGACAGGGUAUGGUG